AUGUACUACUCUUCGGCGGCUUUGCUGUUUGCUGGGCUGGCCUCGGCCCAGGUGGCCGAGUGGGGUCAAUGUGGUGGUAAAGGCUAUACUGGCUCGACUACUUGCGUGUCCCCGUAUACUUGCCAGUAUCAGAAUGACUGGUACAGUCAAUGCCUGCCCGCGACGAGUACUAGCAGUACUUCGAGAACAUCGUCAACCACCUCGAAAACGACUACCUCGUCGACCUCGACCAAAACGACUACCACAGUAUCAUCAACUACAUCCACUCCGGUGUCCACAUCCACUGUUUUCCCCUCGACCAGUGGACUCAACUUCACCAUUGAUGGAGAGACCAGCUACUAUGCCGGAACCAACUCGUACUGGAUUGGCUUCCUGACCAACAACGCCGAUGUCGACCUGGUCAUGCAACACCUGUAUGACUCGGGACUCCGCAUUCUGCGUGUCUGGGGAUUCAACGAUGUCAACACCAUCCCCUCAUCUGGCACCGUCUGGUUCCAGCAUCUCACUGCCGGAACUGCCACGAUCAACACCGGUGCCGACGGUCUGCAGCGUCUCGACUAUGUCGUCUCUUCCGCUGAAAAGCACGGCAUCAAGCUGAUUAUCAACUUUGUGAACAAUUGGUCUGAUUACGGUGGUAUUGCGGCCUAUGUCUCUGCCUUUGGAGGCAGUGCUACCACUUGGUACACGAACACUGCCGCUCAGGCAGCUUACCAGACCUACAUCAAGACUGUGGUUUCUCGUUAUAGUUCUUCGUCUGCCAUCUUCUCCUGGGAGUUGGCCAACGAGCCUCGCUGCAAUGGCUGUGAUCCCUCAGUCAUUUACAACUGGGUCAAGACGACCAGCGCGUAUAUCAAGUCUCUUGACUCGAAGCACAUGGUUUGCAUUGGUGAUGAGGGCUUCGGUUUGAACGUCGACUCGGACGGUAGUUACCCCUUCCAAUACGGCGAAGGCUUGAACUUCACCAUGAACCUUGCCAUUCCAACCAUCGACUUUGGUACUCUGCACCUGUACCCAUCGAGCUGGGGAGAGGCAAGCACGUGGGGUCCCACCUGGAUCAAGGCCCACGGCGACGCAUGUAUCGCUGCUGGCAAGCCCUGUCUCCUGGAGGAGUAUGGUUAUCCAUCUGAUCAUUGCAGCGUUGAGGGACCCUGGCAGACGGCGGCCCUGGAUACCAAGGGUAUUGCCGCCGAUAUGUUCUGGCAGUGGGGUGACACUUUGAGCACCGGUCAGACCUCGGAUGAUACCAACACUAUCUUCUAUGGGUCUAGCGACUUUACCUGCUUGGUGACGAAUCAUGUGGCUGCCUUUUAG